AUGAAAAUCCUUAAUUGGAACUGCCGGGGGCUUGGGAACCUCCGGACAGUUCAGUGUCUUUGCUUAAUAGCAAAGGAAAAGAGACUCGAGAUUGUCUUUUUAAUAGAGACAAGAAUGCGUACUGAGAAAGCUAAUGGGAUUAAGAGGAAAUUGGGAAUGGAAGGAUGUAUAGUUGUCAAACCGAGGGGAAUGAGUGGAGGGCUGAUGGUUUUAUGGAAAAAGGAAGACCAGGUGGAAUUACUUAAUUACUCCCAAUGGCACAUCAACCUAUGGGUUAAAAGAAGAAGGGGGGAGGAUGAUUGGCUGCUGACUGGUUUUUACAGAAAUCCUAAUGCCAGUAAAAGGGAAAAAUCUUGGGAUCUUCUAAAAGAGUUAAAGCCUCAAGAGGGGAUUGCGUGGUGUGUGGUGGGGGAUUUCAACGAAAUAAUCUCUCAAGAUGAAAAGGUGGGAGGGAGGGAAAGAAGUGAGGGGCAAAUGACUCGAUUUAGGGAGGGGUUGGAGUGGGCAGGGCUUUAUGAUAUGGGCUGGAUAGGAAAUAAAUUCACUUGGUCAAAUGGGCAUGAGGACCAUACUUUCAUAAAAAAAAGACUAGAUCGUGAGGUGGCUAACCAAACGUGGAUGAGAAGAUUUAUGGAGAGGAGGGUAGAGAUACUUGGAACACAGGUUUCUGACCACAAGGCCUUGGUUCUAACUGUGGGAGGGUUGGUUGAAGGUUUUCAGCAAAAAAGAAAUUUUAAGUAUGAGAUGAGCUGGGGUAUGGAGGAUGAGUGA